AUGACCAUGCUAAGAGUAUCGCGUGAAAAGCUGCUUGCGAUCCCAGAGCUGCUCAACAUCAUCACCAGCUACCUCUCGCGCGAUGAUCUCAGGACCCUCAUCCGUGUCAACCGUGCCCUCAACGCCUACUGGGUCCCACAUCUCUACGUCAAACUCUUUUUCCGCUCCUACCAACGGACGCGAAGCUAUCCCAAGGUUAACAUCUACGGUCAGCAUGUCAGGAGCCUCAAUCUCGUCGCCACAUCCUGGGAUAAUGUCGUCCACCUGCUAAAGUUCACCACCAACCUGCAGUCACUUUUCCUUCGCUACACAAUAUUGAAUACAUCCCACCUUCAGGAGAUCGUAAGAUUGACACCCCACCUGCGGGUCCUCCACGCGACCCUGGCUCAGUCCUCGAUGGAGCCAUUGAACUGCCGGAUGACGCCCUUGGCGUCACUCAAGCGGCUAGAAGACCUCAGCUGGGAGGCCGCAACGGAAGUCCGAAUUGACGAUGUGCUGUUUAUACUGAAAUCUUGCUCUCAACUCAAGUCACUGGCUCUAUCUCUCGUUACCCUGAUUGAGGAAUUUAAGGAUACGAACGCAUCUGCACGUCGUUUGAUCAAGGUCGAUGACAACAAACAUGUCGAGCUCGAGUUCCGGUCGCCAAUGUCGAAUCGCCAUCUCCCUGUGGAGGGCACUACGCUUCUGAACGCCAUCGCCAAGGCAUGCCCGCAACUCAAGCAGCUCAGUGUCAAAAAUUUCCCUCCUUCGUCGGACGCGGCCUUUGAGCAGGUCAUGAAGGCCAGUGAACAGAUACAAAUCGUCAGUGUCAAGAACACGGAGUUUGGCGAUAUUGCCCUCACGCAAUUGGCGCGACUCUCACUUCCGAUGUUUACGUCGCCUCACAGCCUUGUGGACCUCAAUGUGGAGGGAUGUUUCAACGUCACCAGCAGGGGUGCAAGAAUGGUCCUCGAGAACUGUGCGUCGCUGCGCAGUCUGAAUCUGCUGGGCACGCGGGCGGGAACGAUCGAUCUCUUCAAGGGAAGCAAGCCUUGGUCAUGCGUAAAGGCGCUGGAGAGGCUGCGUCUCGAGAUCCAACCAGUUGACUUCCAACCCCGUCCGCGUGGUACUGUGCAGAGGUUGCCACCCGUCAGGUUGUACACGGCGGAGGAACAACAGAUGAUCAAGGACCGAAUUUGCUCGUUCAAGGCAUUGAUGGGUUUGGAGCUGAAGGGUGAUGCGAUGACAUUUGAGAUGUUGGAGGCUCCGGUUUCGUUUGCGCCAGAGAUGCGGAGGGUGUUGCUGCAUUGUGAUCAAAGCCAAGGUCAACGAUGA